UCAGUUGUAAAUAAUACAAUAUUAUUAUAUUGAUUAUUAUUACAUAUUAGGCCUAAAAGAUUAAAUUAUUUUUAUUUUUAUAAUGUAAAUACCCAACUAAGUAAAUUUUCUACAUUUACAGUUGGCUGUAAUGUGGGCUGUUGUCCAUUUUUCUUUUGACAACUCUGUCGAAGCAGUGCCAUCAUAUUGGCUAAGUAAAGAUAGCCGUUUAUGUGCUUGGCCAAACAAUGAUAAUUUAGCUAAAAAAAUGAGAGCCAACAGAACAGCACCCAAUAAAUUAGAAUUCACAUAUUAUAAAUGUAGAGUUAUAUCUAAAAAUAUUGAAUCUUUGGUUGAUGCUCAGCUUAAAGCUGAUAAAGCACAGUAUACAUCAGAUGUUUCUGACUUAGAUAACCGUAAAAAAAAAGAUAAAAAAAAGUAUUCAUCGGUAAGAUUUGCUCCUGAAAAAAAUCAAAAAAACAAUAAUACUACGUUUCCAGUUUCAGUUUCAAAGUCAAAAAACACUGAUGAGUCAUUAAAAAAAAACAAUGAUGUUUUAAAUGAAAUUAAUGAGAUUACUGAAUCCCAUUCAUCAGAAGUCUCAUCUGUACUUGAUGAUUGUGACGACGAUUAUUUAGAUAAAGAUUAUUUGCCUGCAGAUCAGAAAAAUAUUAAUGAUGAUGAAAAUGAACUUAUUGUUGAUAGUGACCUACAUUUUGAAUUUGAUGAUCAGUUGAUUGGUUUAGAAAAUGAAGAAUAUAAUUUCACUGAUGUACAAGAAGCUACAAAUAAUGAAAUAACAAAUAAGGAUAAAACAAAAAAAAUAAAGUUGUCGUAUUCAAAUCAAAAAGAAUUAGAACCCAAUACUAGUGCUUAUUUGAAUACACCAAGUACAAAAAAUAUGCAUCCACAAUCAAAUACGUCUGCUGUUGUUAGUCCAGUUUCUGCAAAUGCUGGUUUUCAAAAAUUAGCUCUUAAUUAUUUAGCUUCUUUAAAAAUUGAAAUGGCUAAAAUCUCUGAUACUCAACAAGAAAUACUUACUUUUAUUCAAACAAAUAAUAUGGUGGGUAAUACGUCUCAAUGUCCAGGUGUUAUGCAAAUGGAUCAUGAAGUUGAUUAUUUUAUAUCCAAUUGGCCUUUAUCUGACAUAGAUAAUUUGUUAAGUAUGGAACAAAAGAUAAAAUCUGACCAAAACUUCAGAAAACAAGUUGUAUGUGAACUAUCUAGAAUUGGUGGCAAAUCACUUCAAAAUAUGAUAUACAAAAUUAUGAAGAGGGUAUUUGACGAUGGUAUAUUAAUACAAUACACAUAUUAUGGUUUAAGAAAUAAAGAGAACUUUUCAUUAUUAGCCAUCAACAGAGCAAUAUUUGAUGCAAUAAAGAGAUCAAAGUUCAAAAAUGCAUCAGAUGACGAAAUUAUAACAACAAUUGGCAAAUGGUUGACAAGCGCAAAGAGCCGUUUAAAUAAAAAUAAUGUGUUACAAAUUUAAUAUGAUGUAUACAUAGUAUUAUUUUUAUUUUUAUUAUUUUAUUUUUAUUAUGUAGUUGUAACAAUAU